UCAUAAUCUGGUGCAUUUGUGCGGCUCCUCUGUGCGGCUCCUCUGUGCGGCUCCUCCGGCUCUUUUCUGCAGCUCGUUUUGUCUCGUUGUUUUUGGAGAAUCAGAGUCAAACAUGUUGAAUCCGCAGAGGUCUCUGUCCGAGCUGCCCAAGAUGUCCUCCACCAGCCAGGUGGAGAGAGCCGUGCUGGAGGAAGAGUUCAACUGGCUGCUCCGAGAAGAAGUCCACGCCGUCCUCAAGCAGCUGCAGGACGUCCUCAAGGAGGCGUCCCGGCGUUUCGCUCUGCCGUCUCCUGGUCUGGAGACUCAGCUGAAGCAGGAGAACUUCAUCCUGGGCAGCUCCACGAUGGACCAGGUGAAGGGCGUCCUGACGCUGCAGGGGGAGGCUCUGACACAGGCCGACAUCAACCUGAAAAUGGCCAAGAGCAGCCAACUCCUGCACUUCCAGUUCAGAGACGACAAACAGUGGAAACUGCAGCAGAUCCAAGACGCUCGGAACCACCUGAACCAGGCCCUGCACCUUUUGAGCUGUCGAGACGAGACGUACCACUUUAAAACAGGAGCAGAGGUGAACAAGCUCAUGGACGCCGUGAUGCUGCAGCUGACGAGGGCCAGGAACCGACUGACCACCCCGGCCUCGCUGACCCUCCCCGAGCUCGCCACCGGUGGACUCAUGAAAAUGUUCAACCCGCUGAUGCCCGGAGACGUCAUGGUGAACUUCUACAUCAACCUGAGUAAACUGUGUCUGACGGUGUAUCAGCUGCACGUGCUGCCCCCAAACACCACCAAGAAUUUCAAACCCGCAGGGAGCUCCGUCGUCCACAAUCCUGGGGCCAUGUUUGAACUCAACAAUAAUCGUUUUGAGGUGAGUCACGUGCACAAGGUGGAGUGUGUGGUGCCCUGGCUCAGCGACGCACUCGUCUUUUUCACCAUCUCCCUGCAGCUCUGCCAGCAGCUCAAAGACAAGAUCUCAGUCUUUUCGAGCUUUUGGAACUCGCGGUCCUUUUAAAACAGUGAAAACCACCGUCUCCACAGCCACGUCCAGUGUUGAACUCGUCCCACAGCUCGAUGAAGAAGCACUCCAGCCCCGUCUGCCCCCCCCCCCCCGUCUGCCCCCCCCGUCUGCCCCCCGUCUGCCCCCCGUCUGUCCCAUCCUGCGCUCACUGUCCUGCAGACUGGCUGUGCUGUUGUGGAGUUUUUCUGUUUUUUUCCUCCAAAGACGAGACUCACGAAACAAAAAAAGACGUAAGAGACAUUUCAGUGACUCAGUGUUUCCCUCAAGACGAUGGUGUCCCGGGUCGUCCUCGUUUUGGGAAAAAAAAUAACAAUAAUAAUACAAUUUUUGGAGUAAAUAUGUCACUUAUCGCCUCUAUUGAUCCAUAACAGACUGAUUAAAGAUGAAAUAAAGCUCCGUGUAUAUAUUUAAGCUUAUUUAACGCUGAUUUGUUGCUCAGUUUGAUGUAAACGUGGCACCGUAGUCGUCUCUUUUAAAGGGAAACACUGAGUAAAUCUGCUCCGAAAACUGAAGGGAAAUAAAACCUAAGAACCUAAGCCAAAACACUAAUGGACUAAACAUUUCCAGCACUAAUUCCUGAGUCUGUUUUGUGGCACGACUCCGGAAACGACAGGACCUUUUUGAUUUCACAUUGAACAAACAUUUGCCCAGAACGUCCCAGAAGCGUUUUGAUUCAUGAUGAUAGGGAAUCGAACUCUCAGGGUUGGUUUGACUCUUCGGCUGCUCCUCGUUCUUCGCCUGUGACUGAUCUGGAUAGAAGUAGAUUUAAGGACGUUAUAUUGAGCAAAACUGAAAUUUUAGUCGUAUUGGAAGGUUGUUACCUCCUAAAAAACAUAGAAAAAACACUGAGUUAUGUUUUGUUUCUUUGACACGUUUGAGGAAUCCUGCAGGUUUUAUGAGUCUGUACAUCUCCAAAAGACAAAAGUGCUUCACUGCACAAUAUUAAGACGAUAAGUUCAGGUUUUUCUCUUGUAAAGUGUUUGUUUUACCUUUUGUCCAGCUGAGAUUGACGUGGUUAAAUCUGCAGUAAACUCUCGUGCACUUAGCCGCAUUUAAAGACAAAACAUUUCAGGAUAAAACCACAAGCUGCAGAUAAAAAACACAGUCGAGCACUUCCUGAUUUUCGUCUCUUGAGAGGAGAAAACAGUCGACGUGUGCAGGAUCUGUGUGUCAAACGUGUGAAUGAAACAAAACUCCAGGUGUUUUGUCGAUCAGACGAUAUUAUAACAGUUUUGCCUGAUAUAAACACUUUAAAACACAGCUCCUCCUGUUCAGAGACGACUGGACAGUUGGACGACAGUUUGUGAAAAUACUUAACGAUAGAAUGUGAAAAAGUAUAUUUAAAUGUAUUCAAAGGAUAGUUACUGCUUGAAUUAAAGUCCCAUUGCUCUGGUUAAAGCGCCGCUGUGGGCCGCUACACGUCUGAAGCCUCAACGUGUAAAUGUGAUGUAAUGUGACGAGGCUGAUCCUUCUGUGUGUGAUCUGUGUGUAUUUAAUGCAGACUUUGUGUUGUAUUUACUUGGCACUUUUUUAUCCAACUUUAAAUCUGAACAAACUUGUUUUUGUUUCAUUCCAGUGUUACACUACUUCAAAAAGCUGCUUAAAAAAUGUAAUGAAAAAUGAUGUUUCUGUGCAAUGAAAUCCUCCUGAACGUCG